CUCCCCUCCAUCCCCCUCUCCCCUCUCUCCUCUCUCUCCUCUCUUCUCUCCCCCUCUGUUGACGCUGGGCUUCUCCACGCCCAUCACAUUUCGGGUCAGGCAGGUCUGGUCUGGGACAUUUCCGCGUCGCUUCACCAUUAACCCGGGUUUGUUGACUCGCUUCCAAUUCAACAGAGCGAGGUUGGAGCCAUUCACUAAGGAUGGCGAGCUGUGGGCAGAUGGGGAAGGAUGGCGUGGACUCACCCUCGCCCUCGGACCUCUACUUGGUGCCCCUCAUCGCCCUCAGCUUCUCCGUGAGGAAGCAGCUGGCCCUCUUCCUCAACCCCAAGAGCCUGGUGGCAGCUGACUGGCAGGUACUGGCCGACAACAUGGGCUUCACCUACCUGGAGAUCAUGAACUACGACAGGCUGGACAACCCCACCGGCAAGCUGCUGGACGAGUGGCAGGUCAAGCACGGGUCCUCGGUGGGCAAGCUGCUGGAGCUGCUGAAGAAGCUCCAACGAGAGGACAUCCUGGAAGAUCUAAGCCCGGCCAUUCAUGAGUGCUGUAUUCGCUACCUCAAUAAGCCGUUGCAAGUGGCCUCUGUGGACAGCAGUGGACCCAGGAGAUCAGUCGACCCUUCAGGCGGCGUGCCCGAAUACUUUGACGCCUUCAUCUGCUACUGCCAGGCGGACAUCGAGUUUGUGCACGAGAUGAUCAGGCAGCUGGAGCAAACGGAAUACAAGCUGAAGCUUUGCGUGUUUGACCGCGACGUGCUGCCAGGAUCCUGCAUCUGGACCAUCUCCAGCGAGCUGAUCGAGAAUCGGUGUAGAAGAAUGGUGGCCGUGAUCUCCGAUGACUAUUUGGUCAGCGAUGAGUGUGAUUUCCAAACCAAGUUUGCCCUGAGUCUAAGUCCAGGUGCCCAGGACAAGCGUCUGAUUCCGGUGAAGUACAAGCACAUCAAGAGAGAGUUCCCCAGUAUUCUCCGUCACAUCACCAUCUGUGACUACACUAACCCCAGCACCAAGUCAUGGUUCUGGAAGCGGCUUGCAAAGGCCCUGUCUCAGCCCUGAGGGGGUGGGGAGCGGGACACUCGACAUAGUUGCUGGGAUGUCCAGCAGACCGCGACUCUGCUGUCUGUAGACAAUGUCUGAUGAAGGAUCCUGACCCGAAACGUCACCUAUCCAUGUUUUCCACAGAUGCUGCCUGACCCGCUGAGUUACUCCAGCACUCUGUGAAACGUCACCUAUCCAUGUUCUCCACAGAUGCUGCCUGACCCGCUGAGUUACUCCAGCACUCUGUGAAACGUCACCUAUCCAUGUUCUCCACAGAUGCUGCCUGACCCGCUGAGUUACUCCAGCACUCUGUGAAACGACACCUAUCCAUGUUCUCCACAGAUGCUGCCUGACCCGCUGAGUUACUCCAGCACUCUGUGAAAC